GUAUAUGGGUGUCUAAUUCCCUUUGUGCGCCGUCUAUUGUCGGCAUUACGAUUAUUACGCUCACGCUGAUUUCGCUCGUCGUCGUGUAGUCGUCGUCGGGCGACGCAACAAUACAAUUAUCGUUAUCCCCGCGGUCAAUACGCGACGCCGACGAAGAGCGGGAUAUACCGCAGGUGCAACGCGUCGCUUAUCGACGUAUUUUUUUUUUCACAGAAAGAAAAAAACUGAAUUGCUAUUAAUAUACCUUUUUUUUAUUUUGAGCGGCAGCGAAAUAGCGAAGCUUUCCGCGGUAUUUUUUGGCCGGAUCGAUGCUCAACAAAUAGGACAGGAACGGCGAUACGGAAAGUUGAAACAGCUGACAAUUGCUAUAUUUUGCACAAUUGAUUCUGAUUUAAUAAAUAAUUUAAAAACUGAGUUUUUUCUAAAUUUGCGAGAUUUUUGUCACUCGAAGAGAGAAGAGAGAGAACGUCUUUUAACGCGAACUUCAAGCGAAUCACUUGUUUGUGUUCGAUAAAGAAAGAAGGCUUUUGACGUAACUGAUUUCUUUACAACCUUUAUGAUCGACAUGACGCGAUUGCAUCAAUGUCGUAGCGCACCUAGUAAGUUCUUGAGCAUUAGCAAAAGAACAUCCAGAAGUAGGACGUGUUCCCGAAGGCUCGCGCAGAGCACAGGAAGCUUGCAAAUACGUCAAAAUUGUACCUGUCAUUGUAAAUUUCGUUGCGACUCGGUCUCGGAAAAGCAGAACGAGACGUUCACGUUGACGGAAUCGCGACUCACAUCCCAAAAAGAAGGUCGAGUAGCUCUGGGCUUGUUCUGCGCGCUGUUGUGCUCGCAAUGCUGCGUGUGGAACACUUGGGCCCCGAUCGCGGGUCUCGCUCUGCGAGCCUUCCCAAACUGGAACGAGUCUCUGGUGGCCCUUCUUUCCGAUUGGGGCUGCAUCAGCUACCUCACAUGCUGCGUACCUUCCUGCUGGCUCCUUUACAGAAAAGAUCUAGUAAUGUCCUUACAAAUGGCGGCGAUUCUGUCGACCCUGGCAACUCUCAUACGUUGUGUGUCCACCACGGAAGACGUUUUCACGAUGUACGUUAAUUGAAAAUGGAUAAUCGUUGA